AUGUGCGGCCGGGUGGAUCCACGGCGAGUCCUCCCAAUCUCACUCCCGCUCUUUCCCCUUGGUUCUCUCGUAUCGCACGGCUCUUUCCUCGCCUCCUCUCAUCGCCUCUCCUCUCCUUCCCUCCGCCACUGCCAGUUCCUCUGCCGCGCCAUGCGCCUGCGCCACUCCCCGCACGCCCCUCGUGCAGCAUCAUUGAGUCGAACCAGAAGUCACCCCCUUCUCUCCCCUAUCUCCUCUCAUUCCCUCCCUCAUUUCCGCCUCCUUCACUCCCUCAUCCCCUCUCCUUCUCUCCCUGAUCCCCUCUCCUUCUCUCCCUCAUCCCCUCUCUUCCGCUCCCUCAUCCCCUCGCCUUCUCUCCUUCUCCUCCUCUCCCCCAUCAGGUCAUCCGUCACGCCGUGCGUCUGUCCAACCGCUACGCGUCCCUCGUGCAGCACUGGCCGGCCGCCAGCAGCGGACUCUACCCCGGCUGGAUCGCCGGCCGCAAGGCUCGGGGCCGCAGGCUCGGCCCGAAGCAAGGACGGUUUGGUGGGGGGUGGGAAGAGGUGGGGCAGCGGGGGAGGACACGUGUUGGCGUGGUACUGGCUGGUAGCGUCUCUAGCGUACGUGGUGUACCUGCACGAGGCGAGUACAGUCUUCCUCCUUGCCUUCGCUGUAGCGAAUUACGUUCUAGUGAAGCAGCUGGGGUCCUGGUGCGCAAGCAGAGGUAGCAGCAGCAGCAGCAAGCAGGGCGCCGGCACAAGCAACAAAUGGGACUGGCUGUUCCCAACCGCCCUGUGGGCAUGGCAGUGCGGCUCCUACAUUCUCAUCCGCUCAUACGACGGCUUUAGAUUCGCCCACAUUCCCUUCCUGGGCGGCAGUCUGGCAUUCCUGGACGCGCACAGGGGCGUGUUCCGGUGGGAGAUCUGCUACAACCUGCUGCUGCUGCGCAUGAUCAGCUUCGGGCUCGAUUACUACUGGGCUGCCCGGGAUGCAGCAGCAGGCACAGCAGCAGCAGGAGCAGCAACAGGAGUGAAGGGAGAGCCGCUGCUGGGUUCCAAGCUCACAGGGGUUGUCAGUGCCAGCAGCGUGGGAAGCAGCUUCCUGGAAGCUCACCGAGCCAAGUGCUUGCAGUGCAGGCAGGGCCAGGCGUGCUACACGGCGAGGCAGGGGGAGAGCCUCCCUCUGUCCGCAUAUUCCCUCCCCGCCUACCUCGCUUACCUCCUCUUCGCCCCACUCUACAUCUCCGGCCCCAUCGCUUCUUUCAAUGCCUUCACCUCGCAGCUCGACACCCCGCAAAAGACAAUGUCCGCCGCCCGCGUCGCCAUGUACGCCGUCCGGCUGGCGGCGUCGUUUCUCCUCAUGGAGCUCAUGAUGCACUUCUGCUACUUCCAGGCACUUGCCAAGUCCGCCGGACCCUGGUUCUCGGAAGCUUCCCACAGCACCGGGGGUAACGACCUGGGGAGUGCCCUGUGGGGUCAAGAGGCCCCGGGGAAUCUCGCUCUGGGGAUGAGCAUAGUGAGCUAUGGCGUUCUCAACUUCAUGUGGCUUAAAUUCUUCCUCAUCUGGCGCUUCUUCCGCCUCUGGGCUCUCGUGGCUGGCGUGGAAACCCCCGAGAACCUUCCGCGGUGCAUCAACAAUAAUUAUGACAUUGAGGGGUUCUGGCGCGGGUGGCAUGCGUCGUACAACAAGUGGAUCGUGCGGUACCUGUACAUUCCGCUGGGCGGCGGGAAGCGGAAGCUACUGAACGUGUGGAUCGUGUUCACGUUCGUGGCGCUGUGGCAUGACCUGGAGUGGAAGCUGCUGUGGUGGGCGUGGCUCACGUCGCUGCUGCUCGCACCGGAGUUGAUUGUCAAGGCCAUUGGCAACCUCAAGGCCUUGCAGGGCUUCCGCAAGUCGUGGAUGUACCGGGAGUGCUGUGCAAUAGCCGGCUCUAUCAAUGUUCUCGGGCUCAUGACGGCCAACCUGGUGGGCUUUGUGGUGGGGCUGGACGGCGUGCGUGGCUUCCUCUCCAGCUUCCUCUCCGACUCCUUCCUUGUACUCGUUACAGUCUUCUCCAUGUACGUUGGAGUGAAGCUUAUGCUGGAGAUUCGUGAGGGCGAGGUGCGGGCGAAGGUGAAGCAGAGUGUGUUGGGGGUGGAAGGGGCAGGAGGAGUUGGGGUGAAGGUGGAGCAGGGGUUGCCGGGUGGGGUGGAUGACAAGCACGGGCAUCAGAUGUGA